GUCUCGUGAUUAGGUUCACGCUACUUUGUGCUCCAACGUUGGAUACCCUUCUUGAUUAUCAGGCACUGGUUUAUCACCGCCGCCUGCCAGAGGGCCCUUCGCGCCUUUCUCAUACUGCAAUCCUCGAGACCAGAGACCAGAGACCGGAACCAUCGUCGCACAAUGUCGAGCCAGAAUCCAUCCACGCCUGUCAAGGUGCCAUCAUCGGCUGCCAACUACACCGCCGCCACACAGGAUCAAGACCUCAGGUCUCAAAUCAAUGCCUUGCUGAUAAAGGAAGGCCACGUUUCCAAGAUCCAGGAGAGUCUCCUGCACGCGCUGCACGCCCACCAGUCCAACUGGCCCAGCGUCAUCCAAGCCCAUGCCCUCUCCCUCCUCCGCUCCGGCGAAGUGACCUCCUUUCCAGCCCUCAUGCGUCGCGUGCUUGAGGACGUCCGGCAAGACACGGCCCUCGGGCCCAGCGCCAACAACACCAACGGCAACUCCAGACCCGCCACCAACGGCGCCACCGAGGAGAACGGCACCCCCCUGGCAAACGGCAAGAAGGCCGACUCCAACGGCUCCAACGGUGCCGCCGCCAGACAAAGCCUCGCCGUGCCCCAGACGGUUGUCGACGAAGCGCUCAGGAUCACGCGCGAGUGCCUGGACCUGGUCUGCGAGAUCGACGAGACUGGCGCGACAUGAUUGCUUCGAGGGGAAACAACCCAGCAAAGGGAAGAAGGGGUGGGGGGGUGUGGGGUGGAACAAGGAGAGAGGUGUGAACGAGGGCAGGCCGGCUCUCCAAAAGGGGCCGGGACAGGCGAGGAGGUGUUUGUGGACAACGGAAAUUGGCAUCACCGGUCUGCAUCAUCAACCCCCCGACCCUUCCCGGAAAGCACAGAUUGAGUUGAGCAUGGGCUGCUGCAUCCGCCGUCUCUACAACACAUUCACCAGGAAUUCAAGAUGAAGGAGACCACACCUAGGCGUGCCACCCGGACCCGAAAGAGAACGCGGCUGAAUAGGCCGACCAAGGAACCAAAGAGGGAACCGGAACCAUGUUUCCCAAGGUGGUGCCCCGCUAGCCCCCCGGAACCGGACACAGAAGGCUGGCAACAAUAACAACAGCAACAACAGCAGCAGCAGCAACAACAACAACAAAAACCAUAUUCAGGCCCGAUCCCAUAGUCAACCCACCAUUUCUGAGCACUGGUUCGGUUUAUCGUCCUUUCUGUUUGCUCGUUAAACGCGGGAAAGGGGAGCGGGAUUGGGUACGGAUCUUGGGAACG